UAUCUUCUCUACUUCACUUCCGUCCGCUGCCUUCUUUUAUAGUUUACACUCUCUCUCUCUCUCUCUCUCUCUCUCUCUAGUCUCCAGGGAAGUUACAAUGCAGCUCCCUUACACGGCGGUUGUGAUUUCUAUGGUGGUGUUGCUAUUGCCUGGAGCAACCGUUGAAGGUCACAACAUCACCUCGAUUCUGGCUAAGUUUCCCGAGUUCUCGACAUUCAACCAUUACCUCACCAUUACACACCUAGCCGAUGAAAUUAACAACCGACAGACCAUCACCGUUUGUGCGGUAAACAAUGCCGGAAUGUCAGAUCUGCUAAGUAAACACCUAUCUGUGUAUGCUAUGAAGAACGUCCUAUCGCUUCACGUGCUACUCGACUACUUCGGUGCGAAGAAGCUUCACCAGAUUACCAAUGGAACCGCCUUAGCAGCGACAAUGUUCCAAGCUACCGGUACCGCCUCCGGCUCCUCUGGAUUCGUCAACAUUACGGAUCUGAAAGGCGGUAAGGUUGGAUUUGGUAGCGAGGAUACCGGUAGAACGGAUGCGACUUUUGUUAAGUCGUUACAUGAGCUUCCUUAUAACAUCUCUGUUAUCCAGAUCAGCAGUAUGUUGCCGUCAGCGGAGGCCGAAGCUCCGACUCCUGAACCUGCCGCCGUCAAUAUUACCUCUCUGAUGUCGGCGCAUGGAUGUAUGAAUUUUGCUGAAGCUCUUCUUGCUUCUGACGCAAUGAAAACUUACGAAGACAACAUCGAUGGCGGAUUGUCGGUGUUUUGCCCCCUCGACGAUGCUUUCAAGGGAUUUUUACCUAAAUACAAAAAUUUGACCGUCAGCGGGAAGCAAUCGCUACUUGAAUAUCACGGUGUGCCGAUCUAUCAAUCGAUGUCGAUGUUAAAAUCAAGCAACGGUCUAAUGAACACACUAGCAACCGACGGUGCUAGCAAAUACGAUUUCACAGUACAGAACGAUGGGCAGGAAGUAACAAUUAAGACAAGCAUCGUUACUGCGAAGAUCGUAGGGACACUGAUUGAUCAACAACCGCUUGUCAUUUUCACCAUCAACAAGGUACUUUUGCCCAAAGAACUUUUCAAAGCCGCUCUUUCCCCUGCUCCAGCUCCUGCGCCCGAAGCUGAUGCUCCGGCGGAGUCACCAAAGUCUUCGAAGAAGAAGAAGCACAAGUCUCCACCAGCGUCCGACUCGCCAUCGGAUUCUCCGGCAGAUUCUCCGGACGAUGGCGUAGCUGAUCAAGAGGCAGAUAGCAACAGUGCUACGGAAAUCAAGGGUUUCAGAUUUGCUGCCGUGGCCGUGGCUGUGGCUUCGAGUUUUUGGUUUGCCUCGUUAGUCGUGUAAGAGCGCUCCUUUAUUUCCCCAUUCUCUUAGUGAAAUAAUUCAGGUCCAGAAAAUUGUCAUUUACACUUGAAGAAAUUAUAUUUGCAUUUCAUUAUGAGAUGACAUAAUGAAAUUUGAAUAUGAAUUUGAGGGUGCAAAUAAUGUUUUCCAUAAAUUAUUUGUAAUCAAAAAGUGUAUGUGAGUGUGUGUGGGUGUGUGUAUUUUUAAGUUAAACAUGAGGUUUGUUCUAAUGAGUAUUGUUCUUGAUUAUUUAUAUUUUCAUUGUAUACAAAUACACUGAGAGCGAAUGAAAAAUUUAGCAUUUGUGAUUU